AUGAAGAAAGCCCUUAAAAUGUUGGUUGCAAAAUAUGAACCUCGUAAUAAUGAUUUAAGUGAAGAAUCAUUUAGUUUUCAAAGCACUGAUGAAUUAAUACUUUCUGAUAAAAUAUGUAUAUUAGCAAUUAGUCAAUUAUGUAGAAUACUUACUCAAAAUCAUAGAAUUCAAGAAUUGGAUAAGCUUAAAAGGCUUUAUGAAUUAACCUCAGCACCUUUCUUUUUAGAUGAUUCUAAAAGUAUACUAAGUACUUUUUCUACAUUCCAAGAUACUGAAGCUGAAAUUGAUAAUAAUUCAGAUGACGAUAAAAAUUAUUUGGAUGAAUAUGAAGAAUCAUAUAAUAUAUUAAGAUUGGAUUGUGAUAUAAACAAAUUAUUAACUGAUCAAGAACAUCUGGUAAAAGAUAGACAGACCAAGUGGCUAUUAAAUGAUUUAUUUUCAGCCAAUUUAGAGGCAUUUUUUUUUGUAGCCAACAUUUAA